AGGAAGGACUUCCGCGGCGCACCGGCAGCUACAGUUUCCAUGGCAACGAGGCCUUCUCUGGAGUGACGAAUAUUCACGGCAAGGUCAGAGUUUCUUUUGCUGGAUGUUUGCCUGUCAUACAAUAGAAGCCGUUUUAGGAAAAAAAGUUGAAAUUCUCCUCAGUACUGAGUUACAGUGUACUUAAGUUGCAGUUCUGUAUAAAACAACAUGGAAGUAGGACCCAUUGCUUCCGUUAGAACAUCUCAUCAAAGGAACAUACAUUUGUUUGAUUCAUCAGUGCUACACACAGAGAAAGAUUUACAUGAAGUUCUUAUUUAUAAAGAACAAGAACUGAAAGAACUGCAAGCUCGUCAGAUGCAUUUCCAGAAAACAGCACUUCAAGACACCCGAAAGCAACUGGAAGAAAUGCAUAGAAAGUUCAACAGUUUAAAAGAAGAUUUCACUUAUAAUCUUAAAGUUCUUGAGGAGAGAGAUAGAGAACUGGAGCGUUAUGAUACUUUGUUCAUGCAGCUGAAAAUGGUUGAAAAUGCCAAACAGGCAGAGGUUAGUGAGCUUAAAAUACAAGUAGAUAAAUUGGAGCAGGCACUUGCUCAGGAAUCAAAAAAACAAGCAGCUCUACAAUACCAAUAUCAACAAAAGCUUAAAGAACACCAAUUAGAGUUGAAGCAUAUUCACAGCACUAAAGAUUCUGAUAUUAGUCUUCAACGUGAGGAGUAUGAGAAUAUUAAACACCAGUUGGAGAGAAAACUCCAGGAAGUAGAAGGUGAACUUGCUUUGCAAAGACAGGAACUCCUAGUGGAAUUUGAUGCAGAAAUCAAAAAGAGAGAAUAUGAGUUUCGACAGAAAGCUGAUGAAAUGAGCAAUGUAGUUCUAUCUCAUGAGCUUAAGGUUAAGUUGUUAACCAAAGAACUGGAGGCUUUGAAAGAAGCUGGGAUAAAAGCAGCAGAAUCAUUGAAAAUGGCAGAAGCAAUUAAUCUGGAGUUAGAAAAAGAAGUCAAAUCCAAAGACUGGGAAAUAAAGGAUCUUGCAGCUGUGAAAGAUGUGCAGAUACAAGAUUUAGAAAGCAAACUUCAUUCACUGCAGAUGAGUUGGAAAAAAGAAAAAGAAAUAUUUGAGAGAAAACAUGCAACAGUUGAUCGCUUUGCCAGAGAAAAGGACGGGAUGCUUUCUUCAAUGAAAGAAGCUCAUGCAGAACAAAGACAUAAAUGGGAAAAUCAAAUACGAGAAUUGCAGAUGCGUAAUGAAACUUUAGAAAUAGAACUACAUCAGGCUGAAUGGAGGCAUACAGAUUAUUUGAAAGAAAAAGAUGCUGUCAUUGAAAAGCUCAAACAAGAACUGGAGGCAAUGAAAACAACUUGUGAUUCUCAAGUAACUCAGAUGUCUAGGAAGACAGUUUCAAAAGAUCUUCAAAUUCAGGGACUGCAAGAGGAAGAAAUAAAACUGAAAUCACAACUGGCUACCUUAUUUCAAGAUAUUGAAAGGUAUAAACAGCAGCUUUCAAUAGCAGCAGAAAGAGAAGAGAGUCUGGAAAGAGCUAAAGUUCAAAUUGAGCUAGACUGGCAGCGGCGUUGUGAGACGGUUGAAAGGAAUCAGUAUCAGAAAUCAGAGGCCCUGAUACAGAGCCUGUCAACAGCUAGGGACCAGAUUGCUGCUGAACUACAAAAGAAGGAAAAGAAAUUGCAUGAAUUGGAAGUGGCCCUGUCUGCGAAUACUAUAGGAGAUGUUGGACAAGAUUUUCCUUCUACUGAAAUCCAGAGAUUACAGGAACAGAAUAGUACUCUAAGGGCAGUUAUUUCCGAAAUGAGAAGAGAAAUGGAGAGACUUAAUCAUCAGGCAUCUGAACACACUCAAGGAAAAAUACAAGAUGUGGAUAGGGCUGACUCUGCGGCAGUUUCAGUUACUCCUGAUUAUGUUCAAUCCCCGGAAAAAGAUAUCAGACUUGUGAAGGAAAAGUACUGGAUCACAGACAAACAGAACAAAUCUCCACCUAAACUUCCUGAAAAAUCAUUUGUGUUUUCUCAGAACUCAUUCAGCUGUAAUAAAAGUACUCAAACUUCCCAUCAGGACUAUAAUUUCAAUGGAAGAGAUGACAACGUUGCAACUAAAACCAGUGUGAGAAACCAUGCAAUUGGAGCUCUUCAGGUGGAUUCAGUUGGAACACUAGAAACACAAGUGAAUCCUAUAAAUGAGAGGCUUCAGAUCAACUCUGUCCAUCACACACAGCAGUUACUUGGGAUGGGGGCAGGUGAUGGUCCCCAUCAACAUACAGAAAACAGCACACGGCUGCUACAGGAUAGAUUGAAGGAAGCUGCAAGAAAGAUUUGCAGUCUGAGCAAAGAGAAACAACAGCUGCUAGAGAUGGUGAACAGACUAAGAGCAGAAUUUGGAACUGCUUCAAAGGAAGGAUCACUGGAUUCCAAGCACUCCGAGCAGCAUCAAGGUCACACUUUCCAUGCUGCCCUGUACCCUAAAGAACUUGUUAGAGAGACUAAGCAUCGUCUUGUAGCCUUAGAACAACUUCAGUACCAGCUUACAACACAGGAGUUACAGCGUGCACACAAAAAACGUGUCUUGGUGAAAAGUCCUCAUUUUGUUGAGAACAGAAAAAAUGAAAGUGUUCCAGGUAGCAACAGCUGUACUGAAAGAGAAGAAAUGCCUUUGAAAGAGAUUCCAGUGGAAUUCUUUGAAAGAAAUUCAGAUGUUCUGAAGCAUGAAACCUUAGUGCCACAUCAGGCUCAGCAAUAUCAAAACAGAAGGCCUGGUCAUUUCCAGCCAGGCCUUUUGUCAUCAUCUGGUACACAAAGCUCCCUGGAGGAAAUCUGGCAGAUUCUAGAAAUGGGAUCAAGCCCUUCUGUUUUCAGCCCUCAGAGCAAUGAUGAUCAAGAGAAAUCCCAAAUUGUCCAUGAACCUGAAAGACUUGAAGAUUCUCAAGAAAACAGCCAAGCAAAGCAUGCACAGAAAGCAUCAGCAGCUCCUUUGAAUAUUAUGGGCACUGCAUUUCAUGUUCAUUCAAAGCCAAAACCAAAAAAGUCAUCUUAUAAGCAACCCAGGAAGUCUCAGACCUCUCCACAAAUAACCAAAAUCCGAAACUACAAUAUAAAAGAUUGAUAUAAAUUGCACCUCUCAAAUAAAUCAAAGUUUGGGAUCUAAAUUAUGCAGACUGUUGUUGCAUGUUAAAAAUGCUUAAUUCACUUUUGUAUAUUGAUCUUUUCAAGAACUGUUGAAUCCAUAUGCCUCAAGCAGCUUUCUCCAGUCUUUUCCAGGCUUUAGUGAAACACUCUUGAAUCAGAAUAGUUGUGAAAAAUGGAUCUCAUUUUCCAUGAUCUCAUAUACUGUAAUGCUAUAUCAUUUGCUCCUGCAUUCAUUAUUGUCCUGAGAGUUCUUUUGAAAGUUUUGAAACCAGGCACAUAAUGGGAUUCAUUCGUUUUGUCCAUACAUCACCGAGUCACUCAUACAACAGUCUAAUUGUUAUGCCUAUGUUUCUCCAUGCUCACAAAAACUCAACUUAUAAUUCAUUCCCAUGCUUAUGUUCAUAUAGACAUACACAUACCAUUUGAAUAUCAGUGAGACAAGAUAAGGAGAUUCAGCUCUCUCUUCCAUUCAAACUGAGAUCACUUGGCAGUGAUCUGAAGAGAGUGUGUAUGCACAGUUUAAAUAAUAAAAACUAUGUAUGAUGGGUAA